AUGGGAAUUUUGGUCAUUUUUGUCAUCCUGAUCUUCACCUUUUUGAUUAAGAUUGAGAACAACUCCUUUGACGUUGCUGAGGAGAUCUUUUUCAGCCACGACUUUGGCCACCAGGCGAAGAGCCCUAAGACGUGCAAGGGCGACAGCAAGAAGGCAGUGGCAUUUACACAAAAUUGGUGUGAUCCAUUUGACCACCCUCAAGUUGCGCAAGAUCUUGACGAUCCUGAAGAAUCAUCAUUCAAAGAACUCCAAUUUCAUUGCGACCAUCAAGACAGCAAUGGCGGACAAUACGCCGUGGAGGUGCGCAGGGAGGUCGACAAGGGCAUCAAACCUCGACCUGGACAUACGACUCAACGAGCUGGACAAACCAGACAGAUCCGCAAGCAUGGAGGACGCGAUCAAAGAGCAGAACGCAUACUCCCAGAGGGCGACGAUCCCAAAGUGCAAAGUCCAGGAAUCAAGGCAAUGCACAGGGACCUCCAGGGCAGUACUACUCUGGUCCGCCUCCCGGCAAAGGUCAUGGCAAAGCAAACAUGCAGCCCCUGCCGCCAAUGCCACCACCGAUCACACCGUGGACAUCCGUGGACAGGCUACAACAUGCCUGGACAACAAAUGAUGAUGAUGCCGCAGCACAUGGCUCCCAUGAUGCACAUGCAGAUGGCACCAACACCCGUUCAGCCGCCACAACCACCUCAACCAGUGGCACCAAUGGCGCCAAGCUUUCAGAGCCCUGCGCCACCGCAACUGAACAUGGAUUCAGAGCAACGAGAAUUCAUGGAGAUGGCAAGAGCACGCCAAGCAGAACUACCUGCAGACAUGCGACAGAAAAUGCAGAAGAUGACAAAGAAAGAAGGAGCACAAGCAACAAAAGACUUGCACUCCGCAGUGAGGAACUUAGGCUUUGCGAGAAAGGAUGUGGAGGAAGCACUGCAAGCCAAGUUCAAUUUGAUUUCAUCAUGGAAAUCAUUCCUGUCGGGAGCAGUACAAACCUGGCAGGAAUACACUGCACUCUUUCAACAACAAGAACGAGACCUACAAGAGCGCAUCCAACAAGCACACAUAGCAUUUGCAGCCGCCAAAGCACAAGCGGAACAGUCGCAGGUGGAAGCGGGCAAGAUCACUCCCAUCGAAAUCAAGGACGACGAGGAGGAACUGGAAGGGCAAACGCAAGCAGAUCUUUCCUCAGGAAAGAUUCACGAGGGACUCCAGAAUCUGACUGCCUCACUUCAGCAACUGCAGCAGCAGGCCGAAGCUAUCGAGACAGAACAGAAAGCCACAAAGCGCCCACGCACGGAAGGUCCCCUUCCUUCAGAGGCCAUGGAGACAAGCGGACCGGAGCAUUCAGGCGAUGUCUCCAAACCGCCUUUUGUCUCGCCCAAUCGACCAACCAAUCUGCGUGUGGGUUUUGCAGAAGAUUUGGAAUUGUGGCUAGGAAUUGAAGACAGCAUUAAGAUGUACAAGAUCGCUAUUCCCCUUGAACUUGGUGCUUCUGGAAGCACACCAUGGAGUUCUCCUGCGACGCAGGAUGCGACCAGUUCCACCAGACCUCCUGAUUUUGCAGCUCACACCGAUCAAGCUGGCAAUCUCAAUGUUCAUCGUUUGGACACUCCUCCAUCAUGGGCAUCUCCUAUCAUGGAUCUCCUCCACACAGAGGGUGAAGUUGAUGAUGACGAAGAACAGCCCGUGGUGUUUGUCACAUCAUACUUCAUUGAUCAUCGUCACCAUCGAUACCACGAUCAGCCUCGAGUACUACGAUUUGAUAGUGAUGUCAAUGAAUGGGAAAGAGAUGUGAGGUUUAUCUGGGAAGACCUCAUCGAUCAUUCAUCAGCGAUCGAUGUAGUCCUCGUGCGACCAGAUCCACCUUUCAACGUCUAUGGAGGCACUUCAGCCACAGUGAUCGUACAUCAACAUCCAGAGUUGAAGAAGUUUGUCGACAAAGAACACAAGCAGGAGCAGGAGAUUGCACCAUCCAUGCUGGAACAUUUGUUCAUCCACCAGGACAACAUGUUGCCACAUUUCAUGGGCUGGGCUUGCAGAUUCGAAUUCCUUCUCUUCUCAGUGAACAAGAAGCAGAACAAAAUCUCGUCAGUCGAGUCGCUCAACAAAGACGACAAAGGAACCAUCUUUGACUUCCUCUGCCUCAUCUACAUCGUCAUUUGUUUCAGAGGACCCAAGAAGAUCUAUUGUUUUCACAAUCGACGGGAGAGCUCUACCAGAGAUGAGCCGCCUUCACUCUCUUGCAUCUCAGAUCGAGAUUUGGCCAGCGUGAACCACAGCAACCACAGCUCACAUUCAGCUGACCUUCCAAUGGAUCAAGAAGUGGCAACUCUCUUCCAACUUACCAUGUACAAGACGGAACAGGCUUGGUCGCAAUUUCAGACAUGGCUUCAAGCUGAUACUUGGAGAAUUGCUCCACAACAUGAAAGGAGUCAAUUCCAGCAUAGCGCGCACUCUCUUCCUGACAUCAUGAAUCAAGCUUAUGUCCUACGACAAGUUGGUCUUCAUGAAGUAUGUCAAGAUGGACGCUGCAGAGUUCGUUUGGGCAAUAUCCCCUUUGGUCUCUUUGAUUGGGACGAAUUUCCACGCGCUAGCAGCCUGACCAUUCAUCGAGAACAGUUUUCUUUCUCAUCCCACGAAGCUUCUCAUGAAGUACUGGAUUUGAUGCAAAGAACUGCCGUAAGAUGGAGACGUCGAAGCACUGAUCAACAUGGCUCGAGUGCCCAACAACCUGGGGGGGGAUGCACCAACUUCACCUUCAAUCCUCAUGCACAGCCAUUUGAUCCUGCGACUCCACACAUAGCAUCUGUACCGGAGAACGUGCAAGAACUACACCAACUGUGGAGCAGGACUGCCUUUUCAUGGCAGGGAGAAGAAGCUUCCACAGUUGUUAUGACAUGGCUGGUGGAUCAAUACCACCCUGGACUACGCACUUGUCUCCAACCGAGACCAGUGCGGCUCUACUCGGAUUUUCGACAGUGGACAAUGCAAUUGCGUAGCAUAUGGCCUGACCGGACCAUCACAGGUGCUCCCAUCAUGCUGCAUGUGGUUACACCACGACCACCCAAUUUGCAUCCCAACGUGGCAGCCCAUGUGAUUCUGGUACAAAAUCCACAGGACAGUCUCUCCUCGGCUUUGUUCACUGGCUUUGAUGGGUCUCUCCCUCAACCUGGCCCUUUCAUGCAAUUGGUUGCCACGACGCAUGAGCACUUUCGUCUGGAUCAACUACUUGUCUUCAUUGGACUCGGUGGAAGAUGUAUAUUUCCAGGAGCUCCAAUGAUUUGUCGAGCGUGGUACGACUUGUUUCAGAUCCACACUGAUCGUCCAUUCCCACUUCGCGAUGGCCAUGGUAUCAUCAUACAUUUGAGCUUGAGGCCAACCCAACCACAGAUCGGAGCCGGAAACUCCCUACUACAACGUGGACAUCAAGCCAUUACAAAAGUCAUUUUGUCACACUCUGACCAAGAGACUGUUCCAUGCGAGCGCCAAACAGCUGAUACGGUGGCUCAUGAUCAGCGGCCGCAGGACAGAUUAGAGAUUUUCCCACAAGUGGGAGAGCACCGACCGCAAGAUUGGGUUGAUCCACAACAGAAAACCAUUAUCCAAGUUGUAUAUGCCAACUGGAACACCACGACCAUUGUGCCGCCAAAAUUUCUGGAACUCCACUCGGUCUACUCAGCCGAAGAUGUUGAACAAGAACUCAGUAGCUGGGGAUUUCAGUACAAAAUUUUCCUUUGUGGAGAACAUGACACGGUAUUUGCUCUACCACUACUUGACCAUUUGCGUGACUACAUCUAUGUGUACUGUGCAGCUGACCACACCGUGAGUGAACCAGUCUUUGUGCACAUCACUGACAAUGAACUUCAUGAACAACAACACAUGCGAUAUUUGCAUUCCAAGGGCUAUCACAAAGCAGUGAUCAUGCAGAAUGAAACCUGGAUGGAAAAGGUGCGGUGUGUACAUUUCCUUGAUGUUCAACCAGAUCAAGCAGAAAUUCAGCGCGGCCUACGCACACGCACUCCAUGGCCGUCACGCCAGACACAGCGCCCGACAUCAACAACUUUGAUCAAACCCGAAGUUGCAGCUCAAUUCGAACAAUCUACCUGCCACAUUCAGUUUGACAUCCAGGAGCUCUGUGCAUUCAUGGACGCAUCAAACGAUAUUCUGUGGACAGACUACUCACUCUUUGACCUUCCGGAGUUCAUCAAACUUGCUUUGGAUCGAUGUCAGACUGUACAACGAGUUGAUCGCUAUGUCAUUUUUACAGAUGGCUCAUCUCAAGCAGUUCAUAGACACAGUCCUCCCCUUUGGAUUGCAGAUAAUGAUGUGAGCGAUUCAUGGGCUUUUGCAGUCUUUGCCGAACAGUACUCCGAUGAUGACAAUGCGGAUCCCAUUCUGGAGUUCUUAGGCUGGACAUGUCAACAAGUCCUGUAUGACCUUGAAGCGGCGCACUCGAUUGGAACUACGAGAAUUGGAUCCGAUUCUGCAGAAACAGAGGCCCUUUUCUGGGCGGGCAUGUGGCGGCUCAGCCGCAACAACAAUGUCCCCACGGUCUUCGUGAGCGACUCCAGAUUGAUUGGAGAUCAAGCUGCUGGACGAUGCGGUUCUGCGAUUAGAGAUCAACCAUACUACAAUCUGAGAGCCGUGUUCCAAGCACUUGAAGCCGGCCUGGGCAGAGAAGGUUUGCUGACUGCUCAUGUCAGAAGCCAUGCGGGAGAUCCCUACAACGAGCUAGUUGACUGGCUUGCAAAACGUGAACCACAUCAGAGUCAACUCCUUCCACGACAGCAGGUGAAUAUGCAAAGCUUCACCUCUAUCUUACGGCAUUUGUGGAUGGCUGUAGCAAGCACGGCUGACCUGCCGCAUUUGCACAAGAAUGGGUUUGACGUAUCACCUUGCGCUCUUCCUCUACAGACCACACCAAAAGCGCCAGAGACAGCCAUCGCACAAGUCUUCACCCGCUACACCAUCAGUUGCGGGACAGCGAACGUCAGAACCUUUUAUACAGGAGAACAAGGUCAUCCUGGCAAGCUUCAAUAUGUCCGAGAACAAUUCCGUGUAUCUGGUCUUCAUUUUCUUGGACUUCAAGAAGCUCGAACCGAUCCAGGCACCUCCUUUCAAGACAAGAUCUACCGUUUGGCCAGUGGACAUGAAGGAGGGCACUUAGGAGUGGAGGUUUGGAUCAAUUUGAUGCAGCCAUAUGCUCAUCAAGGUCAACAACCCAAACAUUUCCAACGAUCAGACUUUGUCGUUGUGGAUAGGUCACCGCGACAUCUCUUGGUUCAUGUGGUAAAUGAGGACAUGUGCUUCUGGCUUUUAUGUGCACACUCACCGCACAGUGGUAUCUCCAAUGAUGAACGUGAAACAUGGUGGCACACUCUUUCAGAAACAGUUCAUAGACAUGUCCAACAAGCCCCAACUGUGGUCAUGAUGGACGCCAACGCUCGCAGUGGGCCUGCAGACCACAUUCACGUCUUCGUGAAUGAUGAUGUGGCCAACAAUAACACGGCCUUUUUCAGAGAAUUUCUGGAGGAACAUCAACUAUGUGUGCCCUCCACUCUUCCCCUUCAUGAAGGACAUCAGACCACAUGGAUGCACCCCUCUGAGGAAGCGGAAUACCGCAUCGACUACGUCCUUGUUCCGCUCAACUGGGCAUCAGACUGCACGCAAUCUUGUAGUCUUGAUCAACUGGACAUGGGUCACCUGGGAGAUCAUCGUGCUAUGGCCAUUGAGCUAUCAUGGCAAGGUGCUAGCCGCAAGAUAUGCCAGAAACAGCAGAUCAAAUCCUAUGACCGCACUGGUAUUCUGACUGCAGAUCUGGCAAAAGGCCUCGAUGACUAUGCUCCGCUACCAUGGCAGGUGGACAUCGAACACCAAGUUGACCAUUUCAACAAGCAUGUGCUUGCUGUCCUACAUCAACAGUGUCCGGCUAAGCGCCAUGGUCCGAAGAAAUCCUUCAUCUCUGAACACGUCUGGCAGCUUCGAGCCCAAAAGCUACGACUUCAAAGAGCUGUCAAAAACAAUAAGAAGCGCCAACAACAGGAGUUCAUGACUCGCAUUUUCAUGCGCUGGGCAGGAGGCCACAGAGUGAGUGCAUCUGAAUUGCGCAACGUUUGGAUCAAAGAUCUGAGCACCUUCAUGCAGCAGGAUUUGGCGCUUCGACCGGAAGAUGUUCCGACCCUGACAGAUCUAGAACAUGCCUUCCGCCGUGUGCGACCUCACAAAGCUGUGGGGGAUGAUCAAGUUCCACCAGAAAUUUGUCACCGGCACCCUGUUCAGAUGGCCCGGUUGACAUUCACCCAGAUGCUCAAACUCUGUACACAUGGCCAAGAGGCGCUCCAGCACAAAGGUGGCCUCCUGGUCGCAGCAUGGAAGCGCAAAGGACCACAAAACCUGUGCUCUUCAUAUCGAUCGCUGCUCAUCAGCUCACAUGUUGGGAAAACUGUACAUCGUGCCAUCCGAGACCAUCAAGCAAAUGUAUAUGAGGCUUUUCUCCAACAUCAACAAGUCGGAGGCAGAAGGCACUUCCCAGUCACCAUGGGAGUGCACUAUCUUCGCUCCACUGCUCGCAUGGCUCGACAGACCAAGCGAUCCCACGCCAUGAUUUUUCUCGAUCUCCAGGAAGCAUUCUAUAGAGUCAUUAGACCUAUAGCCAUUGGAGGAGUCAUCACAGAUUCUCUGCUGUCCAGCAUUGCGGACCGAUUGAGGCUCCCUCCAGAUGCUGUUCGUGACCUCCAUCAUCUCCUGCAAUUGCCUGCAGCAACGGCGAUGGCUGGCCUUCCACCUCAUCUUGCACGAGCACUACAGGCCUUACACACCAACACACACUUUCGAGUACAUGGCCAAACUGAUGCCACCCACACCAGGGUGGGCACACGACCGGGAGACCCAUUUGCCGAUGUGGUGUUUGGAUACAUGUUCGCCCGUUUGCUGACCAUGGUUGAACAGAAGAUGCAGGAACUCGAUAUUUUGGAGACCAUUCAUGACGUUGGUACAACUGGUCUAUUUCCAGAUCUUCAUGCAGCACCCAUACAACCACACUCCAUUUUGGGGCCAACCUGGAUGGAUGACCUAUGUAUUACGGUGACAUCCAGUACAGCCCAUGGAGUUGAAAACAAAGCAGGAUUAGCUGCGAGCGUGCUUCUGGAAACCUGUAUGAACCACGGAGUCACACCCAAUCUUCAGAAGGGGAAGACUGAGAUCCUCCUCUCCUUUAGAGGACAAGGUUCCAGGAUACUCAAGCAGAAGUAUUUCAGUCCACAACAAGGCCAGAGGAUGACGAUACUCACGGAGUAUGGCACCCACUACAUUUCAGUCGUGGGAGACUACACCCAUCUUGGUGGACUGACACACCAUACUGGCACGUCUCGCAAGGAGAUGAGAAGACGCAUUGCUAUCGGCAACAACGCCUUCAAUCUUCAUCGAAAACUGCUUUUCCAGAAUCAGGCCCUCUCGGCAGACAAGAGAAAGCAACUUUUCAUGACACUUAUCACCAGCAAGAUCUCCUAUGGCACGGAAUCCUGGCUCUUGGAUGAUGAUGAUGAGAUUUUGGUGCAGACCCAACUCCCAGCUCCAGAAGAUCUUCUUCGGAUAUCGCGGUUGCGCUAUGUUGGACUGCUUUAUCGUUGUGAAGAUAUCACACCCUGGGCUCUCAUUCGAGCGGACACUCAAUGGAUGCACCAGAUCAAACUCGACUUCCAAUGGCUCUGGCGCCUGGUUGAGAACACCACCAAAUUGGGCGAUCCAGCGGAACAUUUUCCGGCUUGGGAAUACGUGCUCCGCUACCACCGUAGCUACUGGAAGACGCUGCUUCAACGUGGAACUCAACUGUCACAGCUACAUCGGCAAGAUGACCUACUCCUACGGCGACUCCAUCAUGAUGUUUUUGGACACCUUGCGCAUUGGGGACCGCUCCAAUUUGCACCAGUACGGCCCAACAUUCCGAUUGAACAUCAGACGGGACACUAUGGUUGCAUGUCAUGUGGUAUUCGAUGCAAGUCAAAAGCUGGGGAAGGAGCACACCUCUUCAGAGUGCAUGGUAUUUGUGCGCGAGAACGACAUUGGAUCACCCACACUGGCUGUGAAGUAUGCCUCAAAGAAUUUCACUCCUUUGAUAAGUUGCAGGCACAUCUUCGCCGGUCAGAUCCAUGCCGAGCACAACUCUGCACGAGAGCAAUGCCAGCACAGAUUAUGCCUGGCAUUGGCUCCAAGGACAAUGCCAUCCUGAAGGCUCAACAUGAUGACCUGCUCCCCGUUCAACAAGCAGCAGGCCCAAGACCACAGUUGAAACCUCCGGGUGAAAUUGAUCUACAUCAUGUUCCCCUUUUUGAGCAACUCAUCCUGUUGAUUUUGGACUCCCCGGCACUUGCGCCAGAAGAUCUACAACAACAGAUGCGUGAUUGCAUCACCAUGCGUGACAUCAGUUGGACGCAUACGCAGCUCACCAUCCGACAUGUGCACCAAUCGAUCCUGAUGAUUGAGGAGUACGAUGCAGCUACACCGCAGGCUACUGUUUUCAUGACGCUUGAGCGUCUGCUGGAGCCGUCAACAUGGGGCUUUCUUAAUGAGAUUCAGUAUGAGACCGCUGGAACAGACCACCUUCAUCAUCUCGAUCUCUAUGAACAGUGGUGUUGUGAUUUGGCAGCUGCUCCAUCACCGUGGAAACCAACCUUAUCCUGCCCGCGACCAGUCUUCAGAGAACGAGUCGUGCUUCACGCAUACUCGGGCCGACGUAGGCCGGGGGACUUCCAGUGGUUCCUUGAUGCACUGGGUCGCCAGCAGAAAUUGGAAGGUUUUUAUGUAGUUUCCCUCGAUAUCGUAAUAGAUUCAACUUGGGGUGACAUUGGUAAUCAGAAGACACAACGCUUUUGGCUGGAAUCCAUGCGCGCUGGCUUUGUGAUCGGGUUCCUCAGCGGGCCCCCAUGUUGCACGUGGUCGGUGGCGCGCGGGAAGCAUGUGGCUGGCUUGCGCAGACGAGGACCUCGAGUUCUUCGCACUGCAUCAGCGCUGUGGGGCUUUCAUUCGGUUUCGCUCAAGGAGAAACGGCAGCUCUUCGACGGCCAUCUCCUCCUUGGCUUUAGCCUGAAGGCCAUGGUGGUUUUGUCUACGGUCAAGAGCUGCGGAGCCUUGGAACAUCCGGCUGAACCAGCUGACGACCAAGCAGCCAGCAUCUGGCGACUGCCGAUCGUCCAGAUGAUCACCACAUUGCCAGGCUUUCGACACUACGAAUUUGCGCAGGGAUUACUGGGAGCAGAUAGCGCCAAGCGCACUGGCUUGCUGUCUUUGAACCUUCCUGACCUGCCAAAGUUUCUCCGUGCCAAUGCAGUCUGUGCCCAUGUUCCACGAGCUCACACCAUUGGCAUCGACGAGCAAGGACAGUUUCGCACAGCGAAACUUAAAGAGUAUCCUCCAGCCCUAUGUAAAGCUUUAGCUGAAGGAUUUUUCUCACAUUUUCCAUCAUCCGAAGAGGUGAUGAAGGCGUCUAGCCUUCCAACAGAUUUUGUGGAGCGUUGCAAGCAGAUGACUUGCUCCGCCAUGGGCACGCGAAUUGGUGCAGAUUAUGUUGGAGGCUAG